AUUGAUAAGAGUGCUUCUUUUGAUGAUCCAUUCGCUUAUCCUAAAGUCAAUCUCUGGAAAUCCCAGGGGAUGGAUUGCUGCUUUUGGGAAGGCAUAUGGUGUGAUCAUGACACUGGUCAUGUUAUAAGCCUUGAUCUCAGUAGCAGCUAUCUUUUAGCCUCAAUUGGAAUGCUCAGCUCUUUAGAAGUUUUGCUUGCUGGUAAUUGCAACUUCUCAGGCUUAUUGCCACCUUCUCUUGGUAAUCUUACCAACCUCCAAAUGUUGACACUUGAUAAUAAUAGCUUCACUGGUACAGUUGAGAUCGACACAUUUCUUGAGCUCAAAUACUUGAAAGAUUUGGUGUUAUCAGAAAACAAUUUUUCAUUGCUAAUCAAAACUAGGAAGAGUACCAAUGUCAUUUCUGCAAAGUUGGAAACUCUAGGACUUGAUCUGUCUCAUAAUAACCUAAAUGGGAUGAUCCCACAAUGUAUUGGCAACUUUAGCAACUCUUUGGUGGUUUUGAAUUUGCAAAGAAACAACUUCAAAGGUCCAAUUCCUCCAACUUGGGUAGCUGGAAACAAUUUAAAGGUGAUUCAACUAGGAGAGAACUAUUUGAAGGGAAAGCUACCGAGAUCAUUGGCCAAUUGUAGAAUGCUAGAGUUUCUUGAUCUUGGUAACAAUCUUAUCAAAGAUACAUUCCCUUAUUCGUUGGGAACUCUUCCUAGAUUGAAGAUUCUCAUUUUGCAUUUCAACAAAUUCUGUGGUGCAAUCAGUGUUCUAAAAUUAGAUUCCUUAUUUCCUAAUCUUCAAAUCAUUGACCUUUCACAUAAUGGAUUUGUUGGUCUUCUGCCAACAAAAUUCUUCAACGUGUGGAGUGCCAUGGCAGAUGUUGAUAAGGAGAACACAAAAUACUUGCAUGCAUAUGACAAUUAUGAUUUGAAUGGCUUCAAUAGGUUCGCUUCCUAUCCUUACUCAAUCACAAUAACAAACAAAGGAGUGAAGAUGGAAUAUGACAAGGUAUUAGAGAUUUUCUCAGCCAUUGAUCUUUCUUGCAACAAAUUUGAAGGAGAGAUUCCUGAUGUAGUAGGGAGCUUAAAGGGACCUCAACUGCUUAACCUUUCCAAUAACAUCCUUGUUGGUCCAAUCCCACCAACCUUGGGAAAUCUCAAAAAUCUUGAAGCACUAGACCUUUCUGUAAACAAGCUCACAGGAGGCAUUCCCAUGCAGCUAACGCAGCUCAAUUUCCUUGAGGUUUUCAAUGUCUCACACAACCAUUUGACAGGACCUAUCCCACAAGGUAAACAAUUUGAUACAUUUGAUAAUAGCUCAUUUGAUGGGAAUUUCGGGCUGUGUGGAUUGCCAUUGUCAAGUAAAUGUGACAACUUGAAGGCCUCGUCUCCACCAUCUUCAACCUCUAAAGGAAAUGGAGACUCUGGAUUGCCAGCUGAAAUUGGUUGGAAAAUAGUGGCAUUGGGUUAUGGAUGUGGUUUCCUUGUUGGUGUGGUGAUUGGAAACAUUGUCUUUGCAAGAACACAUGAGUGGUUGAUGAGGACUUACCGAAUCAGGCUGUCAAGGGGGAGAAGGAUGAGGAGGUUCUAGUGAAGAUAAAUGUUUAUCUGUUGGUGGUAGAUAUAGCCUUUCAUUUUUUUCCUACAUUUCUCUAUUUUUUCUUCUUUUUGUUUUGUGUGUGUGGAUUAUGAUUCAAGUAGAUAGAGUGCAAAACCAAUGUAUUGUGUGGAUUGUUGUACUUUAAAGCUGCAUCAAUAAAUUGGACUUCAACUU